GGUCAGCAGCGCCCAGAUACCGGAGAACCCGAGCUCAGCAGCUCCUUUCUCUUCUGGACGCGGACGGACGGACUUGGUAGUAGCACCAAGCCAUGAGGAACACCAGCAAGGAGGUGCAGGGCGCCUCUCACCGCUAUGCUCCCUGCGACUGGUAUUACCAUCUACCUGUGAAGCGUUCUGAGAAGGCUGUGGGUGCCCCACCCGCAUCCCAGAUCCCAGGGCUCAGUGACUUGGGAGACUCCCCAAAUGGAAACAUGCCCCGUGCUCGGAGAUACUGGAUAAAAGAAACAGACUCAGAGUAUGUGAAGCUGGCUAAGCAAGGCGGCAGACCUGAUUUGCUGAAGCACUUUGCUCCUGGGACCAGGAAGGGCUCGCCAGUAGCCUACUCCCUGCCAGACUGGUAUAUCCACCACAGCAAGCCUCCGACUGCCCUCCAGCGAGAAGUCCCUGUGGUCUCCAUACCAGAUUACAUGGUGUAUGAAGAAUUCAACCCUGAUCAGGCCAAUGGUAGCUAUGAGUCCAGACAAGGCCCCUUUGACUUUGACAUGAAAACAGUUUGGCAAAGAGAGGCUGAGGAACUUGAAAAUGUGAAGAGAAAGGUGAAACUGCCAGCCAUUAACUCCAAGAAUCCCAGCAAAGUGGGGACCCCAGUUAGCCACAAAGACCUUGAAGGAAGCAGGCUGUCCCUGCCUCCUAUCAAUGGCUAUAAGGAUGAGUGGUUACAGCAGCAGCGAGCUGAUGCUGACAAGAGGACUCCAAAGACAUCCAGGGCAUCCUUCUCCACCCAGUCCACAAAGGAAUCAGAAAAUACCCAGGACACAGAGACGCCCCAAGAUCCAGAGGCCCCGGAAGACCCUGAGAAAACCCCAGAUGCAGAAGGAUCCCCAUCAGAAUCAACGCCUGCUGAGCUCAAAUAAACCUGGAUAUGCUAUCUGGGACGAGCUUUUUAGUUGCUAUCUGUAGAGUGACAAUGGGCAGCUACAUUUACAGGCUUCUGUUCUAUUUUAUUAACAUAGAGUCUAAUGGAACAACCUGCCUCGAGUGUAGUUGAGAUCACCAUAGCAAGCAUGGGGUAAGUGUGGGCUUUGGUUUCUUGCAUUUCUCUGGGUGGCCGUGCUGACCUGGUGACUUCUGGGACCAGAGUCUUCCUAAAGUUGACCUCUACCAUCCUGUCUGCACCACAGUGCUGUAAGACUCUGAAAGGGAAGAAACUCACAAGCCGCAGCUUCUUCCGGCAUUUGGUCCCAUAACCUUUAUAGAAACAAUUUCCAGUUACAUAGAAAUGACUAAUUCUAGAGCCAUGUGACAUUAUUUUAUUAUGCCUUGAAGUUUUAAGCAUUCCAUAUAAAACAUUGUAACAUUACUUCAUAAUUUUUGCUAAUAGUUUGAGUGAAAAUUGAAGCCCAGAAAUACCAAAUAUUUAUUAUUUUAUACCUUAGGUAAAAAAAUAUAUAUUUAAUCUCAAUUAGGCUAUUAUAAUAGGCUUCACAAAAACAUUUUAGUAAUCAGACUGAAUGCUCUUGUUUUAUAAAUUUUAUUGUUUCUAUAUUACUAAUUAACAUUAAAAUAUAUUUUAUAUUUUAUUCAUUAAAAAAAAAACAAUUAUCUUAUCAGGAAAAGUUCUUAGGAAGCCAAAUAGGGUCAGCACUUCAGUGACAUUCCUGGAAUCAACUUAUCAUGCAUUUGCUUGGUUCAAGUUUAAAUUUCAAAUUGGUUCUUUAACUGAAAUACUUAAUUGAGCACUUACAUCUCUAUCACUUUAUCAGAAGGAUGCUACUAUGGUAAAAUAUUUCCAAUAUGUAAAAAUAUGAAUAACUAUGUGUAUUCAAUAAAAAUAAU